GCACUUUCUCUCUCUCUCUCGCGCGCGCUCUCUCUGUUCUCCGGUGGCGGCCGUUCUUCGGUGUAAAAGGAAAUCGGAAGGGAUCAGUCGAUUUCUGCUCAUAAAACUGACAAAUCAGUAUUUUGAUCACUUGCAGGAUUAUAUAUAUGGAUCAUUUAUUGAUGAUCGUCUGUUUCUGGACUGCGAUUUUUGUGUUGUUGAAAUGAGCGACUGUUAAAGAUCUGUCGCUCGAGUCACCGUUUCAAGUGAUGUUAUUAGCUCUGGAUAGGGAUAGUGAAUGAGUCCAUCUCUUAUUCACACAGCAUAUCAAAACUAAUUAAAUCCAGAUUUCAAUCCUCUGAGUGGAAAUAUGGACUGCAGCGGUGUUGCACUAGGUUUGGAUAUGGAUAACAGUUUUGGACAGUUGAUAUGGCAGAACCUUCCAUCCAUGGUCCAUCUGGAUCUCCUGUCCUCUAAAAGUUCUCCUCAGUUCCCGGAAAUGCUGCUAUCGCCUUUGUUCCAGGAUUCACAUUCCAAAGCCUUUCUGCUGUCAAGCCCAGAGCCACUUCUCACCCUCCUCUCCUUGAACAGGAACUCACCAGGUACUCCUGGAGGUGCUCCACAAAUGUGUUUCAUGCCCACACUUGAAGACAAAGGACAAGACGGGGCCGAGCCCAGUCACAACCUCACACAGCAUGGUGGUUCUACUAGAGAUUGCCAAGUUGACACCAAAGAGCAAGCACCACAUUGCAGCAGGAAGAACAAUGCUUUAAACCAAACAUUGGUGAGCACUAUGGAGGAACUGAAGGAAGGGCUGAUGAUUCAGUCAUUGUGGCAUCUCUCUCAACAUGUUUCGUUGGCAAAUCGAGCCAGUCAUCUACAACAGAGGGUUUUGGCGAUUCUUGGUGGACAUGCUUCUAGACACUAUAGCUACCAACUGGAUGGUCUGAAGAAGAAACUCCUUGAAGCACGGCGUUCUCCCCAGUCAACAUCGAAACCUCUUUUUGAGACUUUCAAUGCUGUAGAGAUGCAGGAGGUAGAGAAGGCUCUUAUAAGGAACCUCCAGUACCCUGAAGCACAUGGCCAACCUCUGAAGUCCAGAGAUUUGCAGAAUUUAGCACACAGUGGUCAUGCUGUUCUGCAUGGAGUGCUGGAAGCUCUGGACUCAGAUGCCACCGUGAGCAGCUCAGAUGAGGAGUGGGACCAUGAAGACGCCAAAGAGACCUCUGUGGAAUCACAAUGUCGUGUCUGUGAGUGGAGAUGGCUGAAGGACAGAGCUGAAUUCUGCAGUCGCUGGACAUGGCUGCAGAUGAGACUGUCUGAGCUAGACUCUCAGAUUCAGCAGCUUGGAAAACUCAGGCAACAGAUUCUUUCUAAUAAGGGUCAUGUGGUUUUGGCAGAGUCUCAGCCCCUGACGGACAGGCAGAUUCAACACACCUUGUGGACAGAGACUAUGGAUCUUUCAUUUACAGCUGGGAACAUGCAAGAUUUGCAGUCUGAUCUAGAGAUGGAACCCAGCAGCCCUACAAGCCUUUUGAGGAACAUUGAGAGACAGAGUGCCCAGCUGACUCAGAUUGUAAACAGCCUGAUGCCGUCUCUGUGUGCCUCUCCUUCCUCAUCACCUAUGUCUAAAGGACCCUGCAAUCACUGGAGAGGUCAACAGAAAACAGCUUACAGCAGCCAAGCGACACACACGGGUGUCUUUGUUCCCAGUGGACCGCAGUGUUUGCACAAGGCCAGGCAGAAGAGGAAGCGAACAUGUCACAAACGACAGUACCUCCCUCAGGUGGACGUCAGCUGUGUGUCAGCCCGGACUCGACCCCUUCUGACCUAUCACAAACCUAGACUUUUCGUCAUGGAUCCAUUGUCUCAUAGAGAACAGGUCUUGGAGUCACCCCCUUCUCUUUGUCCCAAUUGUGCACUCUGUGAUCCUGCAUCUGUGUGCACAGAUCCUGCACGUCUCCACAGGAAAGACAGAACAGAUGGCAAAGUGCAUCCUAUUCUAUCACUUUCCUCAGAAACUCCAUCAUCCUUCCAUCUGCAAAAUUUUGUCUUGGAGGAAAGUUUGCUUCCGCGAUCUCUCCUGGAAACUGAGCGCACAAGUCCCCAUCUCUGUCUUAGCUCCAGAGACAGAGUCUCCCGGUCUUUAUUCCAUUGCAGUCAUCAGCCAAAAAACAGGAGGCAUUUGAAGAGGCACAGAAGGGAGAGCACUCCUAUACGAUGGGCACGCACCCGAGACCACCACAGUCAAGAUUACAGGGAAGGCAAGAAGAAGCGGCGCUGCUCUGGGAGGACAGUGGACAUCUCCAGUAUUACACCCAAGUCUGAUCUGGCCUCCCAGAGUGAUGACAGUCAGGUGGAGGAAUCUUCAGAGGAUGUGACCGUCUCUUACUGUACCCCCACACGACUGAGAAACUUACAGUUCUCAUCACGCAGGAGAAACCCGGAGAGUAUUUUCAGCAUUGAUGACAUUGUCGUUCCUAUGUCUCUGUUCGCAUCAGUGAAAGUGGAAAGACUUCAGUAUAAGAACAUUUUGACACCCAGUUGGCGAAAGGUGCAUAUUUCGCCUUUAUUGAAAAGAGAAGAGGAUGAGCAGGAGGAAGGGAUGCCAGAAGCAAUAGGAGAUGAAGAUUUCUUUCAGAGGCACCAGAAUUAUGAGCGUAGAGAGAAACUCCGCUGGAAUAAGAACAGAAGACACAGGAUCAGGUCAUCCAGGAAAAGCUGCUCUUCUGUAUCUGCGAGAGACCACCCUGCGCGCUGUCACCCACCUAUACAUUCUCCUGUUCCCUUCACCUGGACAUUCAGUACUUCUGAAGAUUCAUCAGAAGCCAGUGUAGACGAAAAAGAGCCAAUGCAACCAUGGAGGAGACGAUCGUUCCCCCUGACUGAUGAGGAUUUGAGGCGUGAUGAAGAUAAGAGUGUUCUUUAAUUGUACGUCCUUAUUUCCUUUCCUUGUGUCUUAUGUCCUUCCAUUUAUGAGGAAAGGAUGUGAGAGAGACUUCCAGAGCACCAAAGCACAACAUCUGUGGUGGACCAGGAAAUGACAUCAUAUUGAGGCAGAAUCUCAGCCAUCGUGGUUGUACUCUGUUGUAAAAAUCAACCUUUCAGCAUUUAAAAAGUUAUGACACAGAUAUUUUUUUCAUUGUUUCCUCAGUCUCAUUUAUUUGUAUUUUGUUUUACUUUGAAAAAUAUUUUGUCAUAAAUUAUUUUUUUAUUUUAAACAGUACGUACUGUAUCAUACUGUCUUUUCCACAGUAUAAUUUAUUAAAUGUCUUAAGCCAGCCCCUUAAAAGUCUUAACUCUAAAGCACUGCAUUAUUUACUCAACCUAUUUUAUGUUAUUUAUUUCAAUAUAAUUACAGUGCAUUGCUUUGUGUUCACAUUUCUGUAAACAAAAACAAAAAACAGAACAAAUUGUUUAUGGUUUUACUAUAAAUCUCAUCUUUGACUGUAACUUAUCCAGUACUGUGGGAAAAGCACUGUUUUUGAAAGGUGUGUAAAUUUACCUCAUGCUGCAUUAAAUUGAUUUGAGACUGCUG